UCUCUGUGUCAGGAGCAUUGUUCUUGUCAUUAACCUAUUGUCCGUUCCGUUGCUUGCUUUCCUUGUCUUGCAUUCAUUCUCUUCUCCUCUUGGGCCAAGGUAAUCAUCACCUUCAUGCCCCGUUGCUUGACCUUCGUUUCCGUGCCGUGCAUUUUAUAGAUAUCUCCUCCUUCUUCGAGUCUGGAAUACUCAUCCCAGUUCUCUUCUUCUCUUUCUCGGGCUUCUCCAUCUCGGGGGCCUUGCCGCUGGCGGACAUUAUCCUUCUUCUGUCUUCGAUAAUCCGUCCACUCUUUUCACUUCACCCCUGAGAACAAGCACCACUGCCCACCGCAGCCAUGGCCGGCCGACUGCUCGCUGCUCUCACCUUCGCCCUCGCCGCCCUGGGUGCGUCGGGCCUCCCGCAGCCCAGCAAGGCCGAAGGCUUCUUCCUCGGCGUGCCCAUCUCCAACCCCGAAGCCAAGAACGCCAUUCCCCACAAGUACAUCGUCGUCUACAACAGCACAUUCAGCGACGCCGAAAUCCAGGCCCACCAGGAUAGCAUCAUCAAGACAAUAUCCAAGAGGAACGUCGGCAAGCGCAGCCCUCUGACUGGGAAAGUCCUGUCGCCCCAUGUCAGCACAUUUAGCAUGGGCACCUGGCGUGCCAUGGCCCUCGAGGCCGACGACCUCAUGAUGAACGAGAUCUUCGCAGCCAAGGAGGUUGACUACAUUGAGCAAGACGCCUACGUCAGCAUCGCUGCACAGCAAGUCCAGUCGCAGGCAACCUCAGGCCUGGCCCGCAUCAGUCAUGCGAAGCCUGGAGCUACGACAUACGUCUUCGACAGCAGCGCCGGCCAGGGUAUGACUGCUUAUGUGGUGGAUACGGGCAUCCUGGUUACCCACAGCGAGUUUGAGGGCCGGGCGACCUUCGCCGCCAACUUUGUCGGCGACAACCAGGAUACCGACCUGAAUGGCCAUGGCAGCCACGUUGCGGGUACCAUCGGUGGCAAGACUUUUGGCGUCGCCAAAAAGGUCAACCUGGUCGCCGUCAAGGUUCUGGACGCCAACGGCUCUGGGACGAACUCGGGUGUCAUUGCGGGAAUGCAAUUCGUGGCCCAGAACGCGACUGGCUCCGGCCUCAGCGGCAAAGCCGUGAUGAACAUGUCCGUCGGCGGCUCGUUCUCGCGGGCCGUCAACUCAGCCAUCAAUCAGGUCGCAGCGGCCGGUGUCGUCCCCGUGGUUGCGGCCGGCAACGAGAACCAAAACGCGGCGAAUACCUCCCCGGCCUCUGCCACCGCUGCCAUCACUGUGGGCGCCAUCGACCAGACCGACGAUACCCGCGCGAGCUUCUCCAACUUCGGCCGAGUCGUCGACGUCUUCGCCCCCGGCGUCAACGUGCUGAGCGUCGGCAUCCGCAGCAACACCGACACCCAGGUCCUGAGCGGCACCAGCAUGGCCACCCCGCACGUCGCCGGUCUCGCCGCCUACCUGAUGGCGCUCGAGGGCAUCACGGGCGGCGCCCAGGCCGUGAGCGACCGCAUCAAGCAGCUCGCCCAGGCGACCGGCGCCACCGUGGGCAACGACGUGCGGGGGACGACGACCCUGAUUGCCAACAACGGCAACCGCAACUAAUAAGCUGCCCUUUUCAAGAGCUGCUGCGGGCGACCUGGAAGUCGUUUGGACUAUGGAAUUUCUUUGGGGGGGCAGCGGGUCCUGUAUACAACACGCCCACACGCACGCCUUCUGGGUGAUUCUGGGUGAUGCUUGGGAAGCUCCAGCACAUAUCAUUUGUACAUAUGACUUUUGGUUUUUUUCACCAUCUUGGCUUUGAGCGGGCAUACAUACAUCCUGGGCGCUGACUACCGUUUACGGAUUACCGGUUGGAUUCGUAGAGAGGAAGCCUGCAGGCAAGCAGGUGAGCAAGCAAGCGAACAACGCAAUGCACCAAGUAUCCGCCUCGCUGGAAUCCAAGACACAAAGAUACGUCAG